GAAAUGAAGACUUGUGAUGAAUGGAAACCUUUUAUUGUAAUGAUAGCAAUUGAUUUUUCUUUUGCUGCUGUGAAUAUUCUUCUCAAGAAAGUCCUUGAAGAAGGAAUGAACCAUUUGGUUUUUAUCACGUACAGGCUGUCAAUUGCUACCAUUUUCAUAGCCCCAAUCGGCUACUUUUGGGAAAGAAAUAGCAGACCCCGGCUCACAUUUCGAAUUUUAUGUUACCUCUUCUUCAGUGCCAUUGUUGGGACAUCAGUCACUCAAUACUUUUUCCUUCUGGGAAUCCAAUACACCUCUGCUACCUUUGCUUGUGCUUUUGUAAAUAUUGUGCCUGUUUUCACAUUCAUAAUGGCAUUGCCAUUUGGGUUAGAGACUGUGAACAUCAAAUGCAAAAGUGGGAGAGCGAAGAUUCUUGGUACAUUGGUGUGCAUAGGUGGCGCAUUGAUGUUGACACUUUACAAAGGAAAGCCACUGUUUAAUUUUUCUCACUAUCAGUCUGAAGUGAAGCUAGCUUCUAUAAGGACAACAAAGAGAUGGACCAUUGGUGUAAUAGCAUUGAUUUUAGGAACCCUCUUUUGGUCUUCUUGGUUUAUUUUACAAUCAAAUAUAAGCAAGAGAUACCCAUGUCAGUAUUCUAGCACAGCCAUCAUGACCUUCUUUGGUGCCAUUCAAUCAGCUGUCAUUUGCUUGUGCACUGACCACAACUUGUCCAUAUGGGUUCUCAAGGGAAAGAUACAAAUAAUUGCUAUUCUUUAUGCUGGGAUGAUUGGAUCGGGUUUGUGUUUUGUGGGCAUGUCAUGGUGUGUUAAGAAGAGGGGUCCUGUCUUUACUGCAGCAUUUAGCCCUCUUGUUCAGAUAAUGGCAGCCAUGAUUGAUAUCCCUGUCUUGCAUGAGCAGCUCCAUCUUGGAAGUGUGAUGGGAUCCAUCUUGGUGAUGAUUGGAUUAUACAUUCUUCUAUGGGGUAAGAGAAGGGAGAUGCAGAAUCGUGUGAUCAAGUUAGUCCAAGAAGCUGAAGAAGAAAUCAAGGAACAAGAGCCGCAAAUAGAACACUUGACCGUGUCUUGUGAUUCUCGGUGUCACUGA